AAGGGAUUUGCGAAAGUGGAAGAGGAGGAGGAGGUAGAAGAAGAGGCAGAGGAACAGAGGAACAGAGGAUGGGAGGCAACAAAGAAAGAGCCAGAGAGCGCAGGGAGCAAAGAUUGCAGGAGAUCUCUCUUCUCAGGACCAUCCCCUAUUCCGAUCACCAGAGGUGGUGGUCCAAAGAGACGGUCGCCGUGGUGACCGGGAGCAACCGGGGCAUUGGGUUCGAGAUUGCCCGACAGCUCGCGGCGCAUGGGCUGACGGUCGUGCUGACGUCGAGGGACGAAUGUGUUGGCCAAGAAGCGACGAGGGUCUUGCGAGAAGGCGGCCUGGAUGUCGCCUUCCAUCAGCUCGACAUCUUGGACCCUUCCUCCAUUCAACUCUUCGUCGAUUGGAUACGGCAAACCUACGAGGGCAUCCACGUCCUGGUGAAUAACGCAGGUGUCAACUUCAAUGUUGGGUCGGACAACUCCGUUGAGUCUGCUCAUAUGGUUGUGGCUACCAAUUACUAUGGAACCAAAAACAUGAUAAAAGCCAUGAUCCCCUUGAUGAGACCUUCUGCUGUGGGCGCCCGUAUCGUUAAUGUGAGCUCCCGACUGGGCAAACUAAAUGGAAGAAGAAACAGGAUCGAUGACUUGAAUCUGAGACGAAAGCUGGGUGACUUGGACACACUUACAGAGGAACUCAUCGAUGGAACGGUUGCCACUUUCCUACAACAAGUAGAUGAUGGAACUUGGACAUCAGGUGGGUGGCCACAAACUUUUACGGACUACUCAGUAUCCAAACUCGCAGUUAAUGCCUACACAAGACUGAUGGCAAAGACACUGUCUGACCGACCUGAAGAGGAGAAGAUAUAUGUUAAUUGUUAUUGCCCGGGCUGGGUGAAGACUGCUAUGACCGGUUGGGCUGGCAACAUUUCAGUGGAGGAAGGGGCGGACACGGGAGUGUGGCUAGCCCUUCUCCCAGAUCAGGCAGUGACUGGGAAAUUCUUUGCGGAGAGACGUGAGGUUAGCUUUUAAAGCUGCGAAGCCUCGUGUUGUAAGGUUUUUGAAUAAGUACAACAAAACCGGGACCCCAGAUAUAUGCUUAGCUAGCUGUAAGAAGAGAGGAUAGAGCACUGGCAUCCAUUUUCCUUUGGUGAAUGAGGGCAUACAGAAAGCUGGAUAUCAGUGAAGGAAGGGAAGAGGUAGGGCUUGGUGAACAUUACCUUGGGUGACACUUUGAGGCCAUCUCCUCAACGAUCGGCCGGGCUCAAGCAACGUAUGAAUCAGAGGGGGAGUAGCUCAUCCCUUAACCUGCUAACUGUCGUGGAAGUCGUCUUUUGACAUAUGAUUUAGGUAGUAGCUUUGGAUGAUUUUCCUGAUGUUGAUGUGAUAAGAUUUCCUGGCGCCAAAACCAAGGGCAGUUCGACCUAAUGUUUGAACAUGAGGCAAACACGGCUCUCUCGCUGGUGAAUCUUGUGACAAGAAACCUGUCAUCGGGCGGUUUGAGUCUAUUUGGAUAGCAUUAGCGGCUCCAGUGAACUCUAUUGUGGACAUAUCACAUAAGGGGUGUUGCGAUUUUAAUCAAAGUUAAGAUUUUUAUAUCGAUUAUACAAUUAUGUGA